AUGUCCAUCGUUGAGAAGCUCUUGAGGAAGUACGCUGACUUGUACACCGAGUCCACCACCCACCCAUUGACAAACGAACUUUGCAAUGGUACCCUUUCCGAUCACAGGUUAUUCACUUAUUUAACCCAAGAUCUCAAGUUUUUCCAAAUUGGAUUGAACUUGUUCGGGAACACAUUGGCAUAUUGUGACGAUCCACAAGCGGCAAUUGUGUUGGGUAAACAAAUUGGGUUUCUUUCCAAUGAUGAAAACGAUUAUUUCUUUAAAUCGUUGAGUCAAAUUAAGGAGGAAAAUUUGCAAUUGUUGCAAGAAAAAGUUGGUGACAUGUUGGGUGACAAUCCUGUUACUUUGCCUGAAGUUGAGAAAUAUCUCGAUUUGUUAAAGUACAUGACUUACCAAAGUAAAAGCUAUGUGGAAUUGAUCACCUUCACCUAUGUCAUGGAGAAAGUCUACCUUGGUUGGGCCGACUACAACAUUGACAAUGGGUUGGUUAAACAAGGGUUGGAAUUUAAACACCAAGAAUGGAUUGAUUUACAUAGUGGAGAAGCAUUCACCAAGUGGGUUGAGUUCUUGAAGCAAGAAGUCGACCGAGUUGUCAAGACUGAACAAGAUGAAAAAGUGUGCGAGGAAAUGUUUGUUAAAGCCCUCAAGCAAGAAAUCUCGUUUUUUGACGGCUGUUACAAUUAUGGUAAUUAG